AUGGCCAAUGUCAUGGACCUGAGGGGCCCAAGGUCAUUUUUAGACUCUCACUUCCUGGUCUAUUCAUACAACAAGUCAGGGGCAUUGUAUCCAGAGUCUUCACUUAUAAAGGGCCAUUGCUUUUAUCAAGGAUUUGCCACAGAGAUUCCAAAAUCCAUUGUGACGCUCAGCACCUGUUCCGGACUCAGUGGAUUAUUGCAGUUCGAAAAUGUCAGUUACGGAAUUGAACCAUUGGAAUAUUCAUCUACAUAUGAGCAUAUGCUUUAUCAGAUAAAGGAUAAUAAAAUUGAUGUUUCCUCUAUACCAGAAGAUUAUUCAACCUCCCAGGUGGUAGAUCAGUCCUACAAAAUUCUUGUAAAAUCAGAAAAAAAAUCAGAUGUGCUGUUGAAAAGUAUUCUGAAAAUACAAGUCAUUAUGGAUAAAGCUUUGUAUGAUUAUAUGGGCUCUGAAGUGGCAGUUGCAGCUCAGAAAAUUGUCCACGUCUUUAGUCUGAUCAACACUUGGGCUGCUUACCCAUGGAAAUGUAAAGAACUGGAAAUACGGAAAACUUUGGGAAAACUUAGGGACCCUGUGAUUUUAAAGAUUUUCUCAGAUUACAGGGACGAUCCUAAUUAUGUAGGAGCAACGUACCAUGGAAUGGCAUGUGACCCAAAGUUUGCUGCAGGAAUUGCUCUGUAUCCAAAGAUGAUAACCUUAGAGGCAUUUUCUGUUGUUAUGGCACAGUUGCUUGGAAUUAACCUGGGAUUAGCAUAUAAUAAUGAUAUCUACACUUGUUACUGUCCAGCAUCCACAUGCAUAAUGAAUCCUGAAGCAAUACGUUCCCGUGGUGUAAAGUUUUUCAGCAGUUGCAGCGUAGAUGAAUUUAAACACAUAGUUUCACAGCCUGAAUUUGAAUGUCUUCAGAAUCAAACAGUUCCAAAAGUGGUUCCACAAGGAAGAGUUGGAGUUUGUGGCAAUGGAAUUUUGGAACCACCAGAGCAAUGUGAUUGUGGUGUUGACGCGCAUUGCAGUCAUAUAAAAUGCUGUGAUCCUGUAAAUUGUGCUCUGAAGCCAAUGGCAACGUGUGGUACUGGACCAUGCUGUGACAAAAAAACUUGUCAUGUAUUUUCAAGAGGAAAAUUAUGUAGAAAAAGCACAGAUCUGUGUGAUUUUCCAGAAUAUUGCAAUGGCAGAUCUGAGUUCUGUGUACCUGACGUGAAAGCUGCUGAUUUAGAACUGUGUAAUAAUAAGACUGCCUAUUGUUUCGAAGGAACAUGUCGUGACCCUGAUCAGCAGUGUGCACAGUUGUUUGGAAAAUUUGCAAAAGCAGGCACUGAUAUAUGUAUGCAAGAAGUGAAUAUGCACGCAGACAAUUUUGGAAACUGUAACGCUGCAUUUUGUCCUCUUGGGCAUGUCUUAUGUGGAAAGUUAGUUUGUACCUGGACACGAACAGAAGUAGUGCCAUUUAAAAAUUUUGAUACUCAAUAUGCUUAUGUUGACGGCCUUGUGUGUAUAUCUGCAAGUCUGAGAAAUCUGACACCAGUGUUACUGCCAGUGGAUUAUACCUAUGUAUUGAAUGGCACUAUGUGUGGUCCAAAUCGGUUUUGUGAAAGGGGAAGUUGCAGAACCAUUGAAAACAAACGUGCACUAUGUAUUUCCCAAGAGAAAUGCAAAGGACAUGGGGUUUGCAAUACUUUAAAUAAUUGUCACUGUGAUGCUGGAUAUGCUCCUCCAAAUUGUAGCGAAAGACCCUCAUCACCAGGAGGAAGUAUAGAUGAUGGGUUUUGGUCUGCAGAUGGUUAGUAUCUAAGUCACUUUGCUCCAACAGAGCUGUCUGCACUUAGGAGAGAUACCAUACACCUCCACGGUUUAC